UAGGUAUGUCUAUAAUAUCAUUAAUUUGCUCAUAAUGGAUACUCAUACUUCUUUACCUCUCCUAAGGUUCUUACUUCUAUUCGUCCUUAACCAAAUUAUGACCACUACUAUUGCAAAUUACACUUCUAUUUGCACCCUAACACCCUACCCCAACCUAUGCAACUCCCUCACCACCAUCUCCCAACAAACUCUAGUCAAAAACGUUGUCGAUUUGCACGCCGCGAGCCUUCGAGUGACCCUCGCUAGAGUACAAGAAGCCCGAAGCCACAUUGCGACGAAGAUCAAACGAUCUUUGCUCAAUAAGCUAGAGCGAACAGCUUGGAUCGAUUGCUCGGAGCUGUACGAAGACACAAUCCACCAUCUCAAUCGAUCGAUCGGUGCUACAAGCACGAUCGACUUCCACGAUGCUCAAACAUGGCUCAGCGCCGCAAUCGCCAAUCAAGAAACGUGCGAGAAUGGAUUCCGCGACUUCAAUUUGUCGGUCGAUCAUUUUCGAUCCUCCCCAUUCGUCGGCCUAACCAAAUUUCUAAGCAACUCCCUUGCUAUUAGUAAGGCUCGGGUUGCGGAUAACUCCGACGAGAUAAUUGGCACAAAUCAACGGCGAAAACGGCGCAAUCAUCGCCGUCGCUACGACUUCCGAGAUUGGGCUGUCGCCCAAUCGUCGGAUGCGCCUAUGAAGGCCGAUAUCGUCGUGGCGCGCGACGGCACCGGAGAUUAUAUGAGUAUUUCGGAGGCUUUGAAAUCAAUUUCGAAGGGAAGGAAGGGAGAAGGAAUGGAAAGGAUUGUGAUAUAUGUGAAGAAGGGUGUUUAUAUGGAAAAUGUUGAGGUUAAGAGAUCGAUGAAGAAUAUCAUGAUGAUCGGAGAUGGGAUAGAUCGGACGGUCGUGGUUGCUAGCAAGAGUGUUCAAGAUGGAUUUACCACCUUCCGAUCAGCAACCGUCGGUGUCUCCGGCGACGGCUUCGUAGCAAUCGGAAUGACAUUCAGGAACGCCGCCGGCGCCGAGAAGCACCAAGCCGUCGCCCUCCGGUCAAGUUCCGAUCACUCAAUCUUCUACAAAUGUAGCUUCGAAGGCUAUCAGGACACUCUCUACGUUCACUCGCAGCGGCAAUUCUACCGCGACUGCGACAUCUACGGCACCGUCGAUUUCAUCUUCGGCGACGCCGCUUCGAUCUUCCAAAACUGCAAUAUAUACAUCCGAAAGCCAUUGCCGCAUCAGACGAACACCGUGACAGCGCAGGGAAGAAAAAGCCCUAACGAAAACACCGGAAUCGUCAUCCAGAACUCCGUAAUAACCGCCGCCUCAGAUCUGAUCCCCGUCCAGAGACUAUAUUCGAGCUAUCUCGGCAGACCGUGGAAGAAGUACUCGCGAACGGUUUUGAUCAAGUGUAGAAUCGACGGCGUGGUGGAUCCGGCCGGCUGGAGUCCGUGGAGCGGCGAUUUUGGUCUGAGCACUCUGUAUUACGCCGAGUAUAUGAACGUCGGAAUCGGAGCGAGAACAGAGGCGAGAGUCAAUUGGCCAGGAUUCCAUGUUAUAGGCAGAGCAGGGGAGGCCGGAAUGUUCGCCGUCGGGAAUUUCUACAGCGGAGAUCAAUCGUGGAUUGCGGCCGCCGGAGUACCCUUCACGGCGGGCGUGUGACUUGUUGGGGAAGUUAAUUAGGGACUGUUUGGUUGGACGUAGAAAACAUAAAUUAAUUUGUGAAUGACGUACGUAUUUAUACGAAUUCGUAUAUCGUAUAUAACCUGCUAAAAAUGUUUACUGUUGAAGUAACAUAGGCAGUUUGGAAUGGUAAGGACGUAGGUGAGGGUUUGAAUUUCAAAUUGAAUUUGAUAAUUGA